CAGGGAGGUAUGUUGUAGCUCUCUCAACACUGUGUUACUCUCCUUGUAUUACUCAACAAAUGGCUGGGAAAAGGGUUGUGCAGAGCGCUGGCUCCAGAUACCGGUUUGCUUACUACUUUCUUAGUGUUAAGACUUACCUGUUGCUGGAUGUUGUCAGCUUGUUAUGUGCUGUCUACUACAUCAAGAGGGUCAAUGCUAUGCUCAGAGAGUGGGUGAACCUGGCCGUGAAAGUCGCGGACGUCAUGUUGGAUCUCUUUGCCAUCUGUAGCAUCUACAUGGAGCACGAGUUUCUGACAACGUCCAUCAUGGUUAUGAUGAAUCUCAACACCUUCGGCAACCUCUUCGUGACCCUCGAAAUGUACAGUGACGACAUCUUCGCAGUAAAAUUAAUGGGAUUUUCGCUUUUUCUAAAGUCCUGGAUAAUGAUCUGCAUACUUGAACCGCUUGGCUUAUAAAGAGUAGGCGCCUCUCGGCCCCUGUGUUUCAUAAAAGGAUGUAACAACACUGCUGAUACAAUAGCAAUAAAACCAAUCUAAAGGUCUCCAGCAUUAAAACUCGGUAUAUUUGUAAACUUAUUUGAAGGUAGAUUUAUGGUGUCAUCCCAUAUGCAGUGAAAAUCAAACCAAUAAAUGUCGAUCACUUGAGGAAAAUUCAUUUAACACUAAGGUACACAAACAUGGAUGAAACUUGUAUGCGUAGUGUUACUAAAACCUCUAGUUUGCUAAAUUAUUUUCAUUAUUUUAAAGCACGUACUUUUACAGAUUCAUUUAGAACGAUUAGUUUGUUUGGUCUUACUACUUUGGUUCCAGAAUAAAAUUCCAGCUCCUGAACCAGUGUUUAUUUUUUUAUUUUAGUAUAAAGGAAGAACUUUUAAUAAGCAAGUUUUUUUUUUUUCCAUCAGUGUGUAAACUUGGUAGUAUACAGUAUAUCUGUCUGGCAACAACAUAAAAAAAAUGCAACUCAUAACAAACCUUUGUUUUCAUUGUGUCCUGGGUGUUGAGUCUUAGGCUCAUAGCAAUGGUGUGAGGUGUUGCAGACUCAACCCCACAUUCAUUUAUAUGUCCAUUUCAUGAUUUUUUUUUAAUAAAGUUAUUAGUGCCAGGACGCCUUUCAUUCUCCU